AAGACUUUUUCUCAUGACUCUUAAUCUCUUGUAGCCUUAUAAUCUCUUCAUAAUGAAAGCACUGACUUGACCAAACGCAAGUACCGCUCAACAUUCUGGUAAGCAGCUUGAUUCUAUAUAUAUAAAGAGCUUCUACUUAAUUUGAGACUGUAUAUACAAGUCCAAAAUAGUAGUAAAGACGGAGAGAGAUGGAGGUGGCAAAGAUGAGUACGUUGUCAGGUAACAAUAACGAUGAAGAAGUUAUGCUUCCAGGGUUUCGGUUUCAUCCUACUGACGAAGAGCUUGUUGGCUUUUACUUGCGACGAAAAGUGGAGAAGAAGCCUAUCAGUAUUGAAAUUAUCAAACAGAUCGAUAUCUACAAAUACGAUCCAUGGGAUCUUCCAAUUAGCACAGUGGGUGGUGAUCACAGGGAGUGGUACUUCUUCUGCAUAAGAGGAAGGAAAUACAGAAACAGCAUUAGGCCAAAUAGAGUGACAGGAUCUGGAUUUUGGAAAGCCACAGGCAUUGACAAGCCCAUCCAUUCAGUAAAAGAACCUCAUGAUUGCAUUGGCCUCAAGAAAUCUUUAGUUUACUAUCGAGGUAGCGCUGGUAAAGGCACAAAAACUGAUUGGAUGAUGCAUGAGUUUCGUCUUCCACCAAAUACAAAAAAUAUCAAAGACAUUGCAAACCAAGAAGCUGAGGUCUGGACACUAUGCAGGAUUUUCAAAAGAGUGCCAACAUACAAAAAGUACACACCACCUUUUAAACAAAACGUCCCAACUAAUUCAAGUUCAAAAACCUGCAGCUUGGAAUCUGAUAUCAGCAGUGAGCAGUACAUGUAUUUUGGAGAUUCAGGUCUUCAACUACAAAAAGAAAGGAAACCACCACCUACCUUUAUCAACCAUGUCGAUGAAAGAAACCAUCUGUUUACGAAUCAGUUUAAUUCUGCAGCACACUCUCCAAAUAGUACAGUAGCCUCUUAUUCGAGCUUUUGGAAUCCAAGAGGAGAUGAUUUCUUUACAUAUGGAAACUGGGAUGAGCUUCGAUCAGUAGUUGAGCUAGCAACUGACCAAUCUCACUUGUAUCAUGACUGUAGAUAAACAUUAUAGUAAUUAGGAAAUUUAAUAAAAUAUUUAGAGGGAGCUAUAACAGUACUUCAUCUUUUUGUCGCCAUAUUUACUGCGUUACUUUGAGUA